AUGGCAAGAUUGACUUUCGAGAAUCUACCUUCCCUUGUUUCCCUUGUUCUUUUCUUUCUGUUACAUUUUUCGCAUCAUGUUGCUUCAGACUCUACUGAUGAAGCAAAUGCUCUUCUCAAAUGGGCAGCCAGUCUUCAAAACCAGGAACAGUUCAACCUAUCUUCAUGGCCUCUACUUCCAACAAAUGCCACCAAUUCCAAACCAAAAACAAGCCCGUGCACUUGGCUUGGAAUUUAUUGCAACCGUGAAGAAAGGCUCUUUCGAUUAAACUUGACAAAUGCAGGUUUAAACGGUAUGCUUCACGACCUUUCUUUCUCAUCCUUUCCUGAUCUUGAGUUUAUUGAUUUCAGCUGCAAUGGACUUUUUGGUACCAUCCCACUUGAAAUCACUCAGCUUUCCAAACUCAGAUAUCUUGAUUUAUCAAAUAAUCAGUUAUCAGGGAUAAUCCCGUCAGGGAUUGGCCUCCUAACAAAUCUUGAAAUCCUGCACUUAGCUGAAAAUCAAUUAAAUGGUUCAAUUCCUGAAGAAAUAGGUCAGUUAAGUUCCCUCAUUGAGCUUUUCUUAUAUAGCAACUAUUUAGACGGUCAUAUUCCUGUUUCACUGUGUAAUUUGACCAAGUUGUCUGCAUUACGCCUCUAUGAUAAUCAAUUUUCUGGUACUAUUCCUUUGAAAAUGGGAGAACUCACCAAUUUAGUUGAACUUUUCAUGGACACCAAUAGACUAGAAGGUUCUAUCCCUUUCACUUUUGGAAACUUGACAAAGCUAACUGCAUUGUUCAUGUACCAAAAUCAACUUUCGGGUUCUAUUCCCUCAGAAAUUGGAAACUUGAAGUCUCUCAACUGGCUAAGCCUUUUUGGAAACAAUCUUUCUGGCCCAAUUCCAAAGUCACUAAGUGGUCUGUCAAGCCUCACUCAACUUCAUCUUUACAAAAAUCAACUCUCCGGCUCCAUUCCUGAAGAGUUAGGAAACUUAAUGUCUAUUUCUGAUCUAGAAUUGGGUGAGAAUCAACUUAAUGGUUCUAUUCCUUCUUCCUUGGGUAAUUUGAGCAAGUUACAAUGGUUAAAUCUCCGUGCUAACCAACUUAGUGGUUCUAUUCCUGCUUCCAUGGGAAAUUUGAGCGACAACUUGUUGAUUUUGGAACUCUCUAGCAAUCGGUUUACUUCUUUUUUGCCUCAUAAUAAUUGCAUAAGCGAAUCACUUCAUGUUUUGGAUGCAACAGACAAUAAUUUGAGAGGUCCAAUCCCAGAAAGCUUGAGAAAUUGCACGAGCUUACUUGGUAUUUCUCUUGGUAGUAACAAACUCGACGGAAACCCAUUUGAGGACUUCGUUGUCAACUCAAAGUUACUACGCAUGGAUCUAAGUCACAACAAAUUUUCUGGUCAGAUCUCAAGCAUUUGGAAAUGGAGGUCACAAAUAGAGGCCAUACGUGUUGCAGGAAACGAUAUUACUGGCACGAUACCACCUGAGAUUGGAAACUUUAAGCAACUACGUGAACUUGAUCUUUCUUCAAAUCAUAUAUCUGGGAAGAUUCCGAAUGAACUGGGAGAGUUAACGCCUUUGCUGAAGCUGGCUUUGAAUCAAAAUCAACUUUCUGGAGCUAUACCUUCAGAACUUGGAUCUCUGACCAAUCUUGAGUGCAUGGACUUGUCCACAAACAGAUUGAGCGAGUCAAUUCCAGAAGAUAUUGGUGACUUGGUGAAACUACACUACUUGAAUUUGAGCCACAACAAGUUGAACAAAGCAAUUCCAAAGCAGCUGGGUGAGUUGGUUCACCUCUCGCAGCUAGAUUUGGGUCAUAACUUGCUGACAGGAAAUAUUCCUAUAGAAUUCGCGAAACUUGAGAGCUUGGAGGAACUGAUUAUCUCUCAUAAUAAUCUCUCUGGUUUCAUCCCCAACGCUUUUGAAGAAAUGCAUGGUUUGUGGAAUAUCGAUAUAUCCUACAACCACUUUCAGGGUCCAAUUCCCAAUAGCAAAGCUUUUCAACAUGCUUCUAUAGAAGCUCUGCGUGGUAACAAAGGAUUGUGCGGCAAUUUUAGUGGCUUGGACCCUUGCUCGGGGCAAAAACUAGUCUCGAAGAAGGGCACCAAAAUUAUGCUUAUAGUUUUACUCCCUGUUUCAGUAACAGGUGCUCUUUUAUGUAUGUUGGUUGUUCUGUUCUUCAGGUUCCAAGCAAGGAAGAGAGGUUCAAAGAGAGAAGUUGAAAUGAAUAGUGAAGGGUUGCUUGCCACAUCAAUUUUUGAUGGAAAAACAUUGUACAAGGAAAUCAUACAAGCAACCAAGAAUUUUCAUGAUAUGCACUGCAUUGGAGAGGGUGGAUUUGGAAAGGUCUAUAAAGCUGAGUUACCAUCAGGAAAUACUUUAGCUGUGAAGAAAUUCCAUUCACUGAAUCAAGGUGAGACAGCAGAUCAGAAAGAGUUUCUGAAUGAGAUAAGAGCAUUAACAGAGAUAAGACAUCGAAAUAUCGUGAAGUUCUACUGCUUUUGCUCGCAUCUAAGACACUCGUUUUUGGUCUAUGAGUACCUGCAGAUGGGCAAUCUGGACACUGUGCUAAGUAAUGAUGAAGCUGCAAGAGAAUUGGAUUGGAAUAAAAGGUUGAAUGUCAUAAAAGGUGUGGCAAAUGCCUUGUCAUACAUGCACCAUGAAUGCUUACCACCAAUUAUUCACAGAGACAUAUCAAGCAAGAAUGUUCUGCUGGAUUCAGAAUUUGAAGCUCAUGUUUCAGACUUCGGCAUAGCCAAGCUUCUGAACCUAGACUCUUCCAAUCAGUCUAUGCUAGCAGGCACAUAUGGAUAUAUAGCACCAGAGCUUGCCUACACAAUGAAGGUGACUGAAAAAUGCGAUGUCUAUAGCUUUGGAGUGUUGGCGUUGGAAAUCAUCAAUGGAAAGCAUCCAAGUGAUUUAAUCUCUAGAAUUUCAUCACAAUCUGCAGACACUGAGGUAGAGAUGAGCAAUAUGUUGGACCAAAGGUUAUCUCCUCCGACACAUGAAGUUGAAGACAAAUUGGCGUUCACCGUGACUCUGGCAUUCUCAUGCAUACGUAUGAACCCACAAUCCCGGCCGGCUAUGCAGUUUGUUUCUCAGCUCUUGUCAAAUUAACUUUAUUUUUCAGAGCCGUCACUGCCCUGUACUAUGCUAGCUGAAGCGCAAUUGCUGGGCAGCUGCUAUCUAAUUCCUCCACUUCAUCGCAAUGCACUUAUUUUCAUAGAGAAUAAUUAGCAACAGCUAAACCAAUUAAAAUUUAAGAAAUUAUGUUUUUAGUAGGACCUCCAUAUUUUUUGGUGGGAUACACAGUGAUUUUUAGUAAUGUGUUAAUUGAGUGGAAGUAUACACUUGAAUAAAU